AUGGUUGCUGUGAAAAUAUUGAUUACAUUUAUUUUGUAUGUCAUCACGUGCGUGGCUGGUGUUGAUAUUUACUACGACACAAUUACGCGAGAUUAUUACAAGUUUGGUCUUGGUACAUCAACUGUUCAUUCUGGUGCAUAUUGGUCGGUUGUCGAUAAUGAAUUGUCGGAAUUGGUUUCAACCUUGUAUGUUGAUCCCGGUGCGCGGUUUUUCCUUACAAGUACAUCGCCACUGAUCUCCACAGUUGUUACAAUGUUUGGUGAUACAAGUUCAAUUGUCAAUUACGGGUUAGUUGCAAUCACGGCCCAUCCUUCAGCACCAGACUCCCGUUUCCAUAUUGAUGGUAAGGCGUUCAAAAACAGUCGUGAAAUGUAUUUAACUGGUGGUGGCGAUUCGGAGAUCUGUAUCCAUUCUGAUUUUUUCCUCAACAAUGGAUUGUUGGUUUUUGCACAAGCUACAAGAACUCAAAGAUCAAUUGAUAUUGGAGUACCCCUGGGAUCAAUCACAAAUUCAGGUCAGAUUUGUCUUUACAACAAGUCAUACAUGCAAAACUCCUACGACAUUGAAGGUUCAGGGUGCAUAACAGCGGAGGAGAAUUCAUCGAUUUAUCUUGCCAAUCCACAACAAUUGGUUUCAAAUCUGCAGAUCUUCUACUUGAAAGAUUCACAUUCAUCCUUUAUUGCUGAGCCUCAUUCCAAAACUAAAGUUUACAAAGUCUCUGGGUUCGGUCAAAAGUCCGAUGGUGUAUCCAAUAGUGUGUCAAUAAACCGACCAAUUGCUGAAAAUGACUGGUCGUAUGACGCAAAUACCGGGAUUUUGCGCGUGGGUAACUCUUCCAAUAGCAUGGUUCACUUUAACAUUGGAAAAGGAUAUAAUGUAGGUGAUUUUGCCGUUGUGGAUCUUGACACCACUGAAUUGGAUUUUGUGGAAAGAGGGGCUAUUAAAUAUAAUGCCCCAGUUCCGAACCUGGCCAUGCCAGCACAAUGCAGAUCAUGUAAGCUCCCACCGCUUGCUCCAGGUACUGAACUACCGGAAGAUGACUCUGACUUGUUGCAAACUACAGAGGCUGCUGUUGCGGAAAGCGAGACUACCAGUGUCAGUGCCAGUGCCAGUGCUUCUGAAGGCAACUCAGCUGUUUAUAAAUCAGAUGCAGUUCAAGUGAGUGCCAUAGCUGUUAUAGCUACGUUGUCAAAUUCUAUUGAAGCAUCCGCAGCCACUGAAAUCUCAUCAAUUGAUUCUUGGGUCGAGUCCAACGGUCAACACCUGUCUAAUUUUUUGAAAAAGCAACUGGAGACCGAAAUUUCGUUAGAGCCUUCAAAUGAAGCAUCAGAAAGUUUAAUAGUGUCUGUGGGGGAUUUAUCAGUCCAGGGUCAAAUGCCUCAAACUUCAGAUUCAUAUUUGGAGCUAGAAUCUACCACCAGUGACAACAAAUCCGUACAUGCCAGCUCUAACUCAAUGGAGCAAAGUCGCAUUGCUCUGACCAUGGACGUGGAUGUUUUGUCUAUGGAAGCCACUUCGCAACCAUCAACGGAUUCGUCCGUAAACAAUCAAGAAAUAUAUAUUGUUUCAUCGAGCGAUACAGCAGGUUACUCAGCAAUAUCGAAGCAACUCUUGCCUUCUGGUGCCGCAUCUUUGGAUACCACAGUGGCUGAAGCUGUCUCAACGAGCGAGUACGGUUCUUCCCUUGAAACACCUACGUUAACUGAUAAAGGUGAUAACCGAGCAGCUGUCUUAGCGCCGAAUCCAUCUAUUGCUGACAAAGUGAAUACUGCCGCUACGUUUCAAACUUCAAUUCCAUCCCCACAUCAAACCAUGACUAGUUCUUACAGCCCAUCCGGAGAGAAAACAACCACCGAUUCAUUCAUUGAUGCUUCACAAUACUAUGCACCAUCUGACGUUUCAUCUUUAAUGUCAAUGAAUACGACUUUGGUUAAUGCCACUGAUGUUGAAUCUGCAAAAGACAUAAUAUCAACUUCGACUUUAGCUCAAACUAUCGAGGAAUCAAAGGCAGUACCUCACUUCAACUCAUCAGACCAUUCUGGUGCAAGUAAAGAAUCUUCGGAGCUCCUAAGCAACAAUGUUGUGACUCCAUCAUCAACAAUCUCAGUUGUUUUAGAGACUACCAGCAUCAAAGAGACAUUAGUGCAAAAUGUUGCUGGUGAAGUCGCCUCAAACGCCAUUGAAACUGAUUCAUUGUGUGAUUCGUCAUUGUCGCUUCCAACACCUACCACUAUCAAAUCUGCCUACUCGUCUGUCAAAUCCAAUGGGCAACACCCUUCAUUUGCUGUCAACCAGACUACUAUUCCAUCAUCAGCUGCAAGAAGCAAUUCUUCUGAAGCAAUGACCUUAUCAGCAACUUCAAUUGCAGGUUCAUUAGAAUUCCCUUCAUCAUCGGAGUCUCAUUCAAAAUUAUUAAAAUCAGACUCUGCUAGUUCUUUGAUUGAAGCUUUAUCACCAGAGCCCACAUCAAAGUCAACUUUUUUUGCCUCAAAUUCAACAAUCAAACUCCCAGUGGUCAAAACCUCAUUAGUUGAUUCAAGCUCGAUUGCACAGGCAACUAUUCAGACUGCAUCAGCAAAAACAUUCACUACCUCCAAGAUUUACUCUCCACAUCAUCAAUCCAGUACAGUUCCACUCGACGUUGCUUCACCCUCGUCAACACACGUGGUUAUGCCCUUGUCUCCGGGAGGUGUUCAAUCGUUAUCUUCAAAGCCUGCAGCCACAGUUCAAGCUGAGGAUAGAGCUUCCAAUCCAUCUACUGGGAUCCAGGUUGCUACUAAUAUUGGAGAACCAGUCCAAAGAUUCCAUUUCUCGAACACAACCGGAACCACUUUAUCAAUUGAAACCACACUCAGCACGGUUAUGGGUGUAUCAAUUCCUACUGGCUCUGACGCGUUCAAUGCAAGUUCAGAGAAUGAUGAUGGCGCAACCAAAAACUUUGGUCAAGGUGUGUCUAAUGGAAGUGAUAGAGUAGUUUCAGGUAAUUAUGGAGCUGGGUGGAGUGAAGGUGCCAGUGCCGCGAAUGGUACUCCAUCCAUUGAAACGGGUGAGGCUGCUGGUGAAUCUACUUCUGCUGGUGUUGUGUCAGGUUCGGCGUGGGGUGCAGUGAAUGGUUCAUGGACUGCAAAUGGUUCACCACAUGAUCCUUACAAUUCAAUCCCAAUCCUUUCUCCGCAAAUAUCUGCUUAUGAGAGCAAGGGAAUCUCGGUUAGAUUCCCAUUUUCGGUCUUAGCCGCAUUAAUUGCAAUACUUUUUAUGACAAUUUAA